UAACCAAAAAAAUACUCAAAGUCUAAACCCAACAUACGCGUUUGUUUAAUCUGGGAGAUCACAUGGCUCCACCACCGUGGCUCUCCCUUAGCGGCGCCACCACUGCCAUUCCUAUCUUACCUCUAUUCAUCAUGUUGAAGGCGGUGACUUCUCAAGACCAACUCAUUUUUGGACCUUCCAAUUCCACAAAAGAAAUCAGUAACAUCAUAUACCCCAUACCCGUGGCAUGGAUUAAUUAUUCAUCGGGUGGUUCCCUGUCCCUUCAACUCACUCCAUACAGCUCCGGCAACAUCCCCGUCGGCCAACUCGCCAACAAAUCCGGUGGGAUCUUCUUCGCCAGAUCCUUCAACCUAUGGCGAAACGCUUCAAAGGGAAGAGUAGCUUCCUUCAAUACUUCCUUUCUCUUCAGCAUGGUUCGUGUUAACAACGUCACUCCCGCCGGCGAAGGCAUGGCCUUUGUUAUUGCCCCUUCUUACUCAGUUCCAAUUCCACCGAACAGCUAUGGCCAGUACUUAGGUCUCACUAACAACCUCACCGACGGCGACCCCUCCAACCAGAUCGUAGCAAUAGAAUUCGAUACCGUGAAGCAGGAUUUCGACCCCGACGACAACCACGUAGGGCUUGACAUCAACAGUGUUAGGUCCAACCUUACCGUUUCGCUUUCGCAAUUCGGAUUUCAGAUUGCACCGAGUAACAACAAUGAUUCAGGGAGUUUGUACGUGGUGUGGGUGGAGUACGACGGGGUAAAGAAGGUAAUCGACGUGUACAUGGCGAAACAACCUCAUAAGGACGGGCCCUUGGUGGAGAAGCCACUGAAGGCAGUGUUGAGUUCAAAUCUUGACCUAGCGGGUUUGGUGAAUCAGAAUUCUUAUUUUGGAUUCUCUGCUUCCAGUGGGAGCUUCUUCUAUGAGGAGAAUGCUAUACUGAGAUGGAACUUAUCGGUGGAGGAUUUUGGUUCUUCUUCUCUUUCUGCCGGAGGAGAAACUCACUUGGCGAUGAUCGGAACCCUUCUUGGUCUGGAGUCAGUGCUAUUUAUUCUGCUUGUGGUGUGUGUUGUUUUAUCAGUUGGUUACGUGCGCAAGAAGAUUAGGAUAAGCGAGUCGGAGCUGAUUUUGUUGAGGGUACUGAGGAGACUCCCGGGGACUCCCAGAGAGUUUAGCUUUCGUGAACUUAAGGAGGCUACCGACAACUUUGACGAGAAGCUGAAGCUAGGCAAAGGUGGCUAUGGCGUUGUGUACAAAGGAACACUGCCCCGAGAGAACACAGAACUCGCCGUCAAGAAGUUCUCCAGGGACAGCGUUAAAGAAAUUGACGAUUUCUUGGCUGAGCUCACCAUCAUCAACCGUCUCCGUCACAGAAACCUAGUCCAGUUACUUGGAUGGUGUCACAAGAAGGGGGUAUUGCUCUUAGUGUACGAUUACAUGCCUAACGGUAGCCUCGACAGGCACAUUUUCUAUAAUGAUGGGAGCAACCAAACACCUCUGAGUUGGCAACUGAGAUACAAGAUAAUCUUAGGGGUAGUUUCGGCAUUGCAUUAUCUCCACAACGAGUACGAUCAAAUAGUGGUUCAUAGAGAUCUGAAAGCGAGUAACAUAAUGCUCGACUCUGAUUUCAAUGCACGCCUAGGUGACUUUGGUUUGGCACGCGCAAUUGAGAAUGAGAGAACCUCGUACGCAGAGUUGGAAGGAGUGGCGGGCACAAGGGGAUACAUUGCACCGGAGUGCUUGCAUACAGGCAAGGCCACGCGCGACUCCGAUGUGUACGGAUUGGGGGCUGUGUUGCUUGAAGUGGUGUGUGGUGAGCGAGCAUGGGCAAGGAUUGAGGGAUACAACUUGUUGGUGGAUUGGGUUUGGUACCUGUAUCGUGAAGGAAGGUUACUAGAUGCAGUGGAUCCCAGACUUGGGAAUAAUUACGUGGGUGAAGAAGUAGAGAUGAUGCUGAAAUUAGGGCUGGCAUGCUCUCAUCCCAUUGCGAAUGAGAGGCCUAAGAUGCAAGAAAUACUUCAGAUUAUAUCUGGGUUAAUGCCUGUUCCUCAUGUCCCUCCCUUCAAGCCACCGUUUGUGUGGCCAGUGUUGAAUAAUAAUACACUCACACCUCCCACUAUCGAUUACACACCUAUUAACACAGCCUUUUUUGCACGUUGAUGUCUCUUCUAUAUAUUUAGAAUAUUAAUUCUAUACCCUAUCUUCCUAUGCCUCAUGUCCAUCCAGUGGCUGCACUGGUAUAUAUAUAGGGAUUACUAUGCAAUGUGAACCUUCUAUACACACUUCUUUGCACGUUGCUGAUUUCUUAUAUGUAGAUAGAGAUGGACUUGGUUGGUUAAAAUUAAG